AUGUCCUCCUCCGCCCAGUCCCGCGUCGUCUCCCUCACCAACCGCUGCGCCGACAGCAAAUCCCCCUACGUCCGCUCCCACAUGGACAACCCGACCGCCUGGCAGCUCUGGAACCCCUCCACCCUCGAGCUCGCCAGACAAACCAACCGCCUGCUCUUCGUCAGCAUCGGCUACAGCGCCUGCCACUGGUGCCACGUCAUGGCGCACGAGUCCUUCGACGACCCGCGCAUCGCGCAGCUGCUCAACGAGCACUUCGUCCCGAUCAAGAUCGAUCGCGAGGAGAGGCCGGAUAUCGAUCGGCAGUACAUGGAUUUCGUGCAGGCGACGACGGGGGGUGGGGGGUGGCCGUUGAAUGUGUUUGUGACGCCGGACUUGGAGCCGGUGUUUGGAGGGACGUACUGGCCUGGUCCGGGCAGCGAGAGGGCGGGGAUGGGCGCGGCGGGGUUUGAGGAUAUUUUGGUCAAGGUUGCGGGGGCGUGGAAGGAGCAGGAGGAGAGGGUGAGGGAAAAUGGGAGGAAGAUCAUUGAGCAGUUGAGGGAGUUUGCGCAAGAGGGGAAUUUGGGCGGGAAGGGUGGGGGUGAGGUGGGCGAGGAUGAGGGGGAUGGGCUGGAGUUGGAUUUGUUGGAGGAGAGUUAUCAGUUUUAUAAGGGGAGGUUCGACAGCAUGUACGGCGGCUUUGGGUCGGCGCCGAAGUUCCCGACGCCGGCGCAUGUCAAGCAUAUGUUGAGGUUGGGGUCGUAUUGUCCGGAGGUGAGGGAGGUUGUUGGGGAGGAGGAAUGUGCGGAGGCCAGGAGUAUGGCGGUCAAGACGCUGGAGAUGAUGGCCAAAGGGGGCAUUAAGGAUCAGGUCGGACAUGGGUUUGCGAGGUAUAGUGUGACGAAGGAUUGGAGUGUGCCGCAUUUCGAGAAGAUGCUUUACGAUAACGCGCAGCUUCUCCCAGUCUACCUCGAUGCAUAUCUCGCCACAAAAUCGCCGCUGUUCCUCGAAACUGCUCACGACAUCGCCACGUACAUGACCACGGAGCCGAUGAUCUCCUCGCUGGGCGGCAUCAACGCUUCGGAAGACGCUGACUCGCUUCCUACUGCCAUCGACAAACACAAGCGCGAAGGUGCUUACUACGUCUGGACAAUGGACGAGUUCAAAGGCAUCCUUACCGAGCAGGAAACGAAAAUCUGCGCAAAGUACUGGGACGUCAAGCCGAAAGGCAACAUCGAUCGCAGAGCCGAUGUUCAGGGUGAGCUCGAGGGACAGAAUACGCUCUGUGUGAAGUAUGAGCUCGCAGAUUUGGCAAAGGAGGAGAAAAUGGACGAGCAGGAGGUCAAGAAGAUCAUCCAAGACGGCCGGCAAAAGCUCCUCGCCUACAGAGAAAAGAAUCGACCACGACCAGCAUUAGACGACAAAAUCGUCACCUCGUGGAACGGCCUCGCCAUCGGCGGUCUCGCUAGGGCUGGCGCCGCCCUCCAAAACCCCGCCUACACCUCCGCCGCCAUCAAGGCCGUCGAGUGCAUCCGCACCAACCUUUUUGACUCAACCAGCCACACCCUCCGCCGCGUCUACCGCGAGGGCCCCGGCGAAACUCCUGGCUUCGCAGACGACUACGCUUUCCUCAUCUCCGGGCUCAUCGACCUCUACGAGUCCACCUUCGACAGCAGCUGGCUUGAGUUCGCGGAUACACUGCAGCAGACGCAGAAUAAACUCUUCUGGGACGAGUCGAAGCAUGCUUUCUUCUCCACACCUGCGAACCAGCCGGAUAUUCUGAUCCGCUCAAAGGAUGGCAUGGACAAUGCCGAGCCCUCCACCAACGGCGUGAGCGCGAACAACCUCUUCCGUCUCGGCUCGUUACUGAACGAUGAGCGGUAUGAGAAACUCGCCAAGCAGACCGUGGCGGCUUUUGAAGUGGAGAUUGGACAACACCCCGGUCUGUUCUCGGGCAUGAUGUCGAGUGUCGUGUCCGCGAAGCUUGGGGUUAAGGGGGUCAUGGUUGUGGGCGAGGGGGAGGCUGCGAGGAAGGCGGUGGAGGGGUUUCAGGGGAGUGUGACGCCUAAUUAUACGAUUUUGAGGGUGGGUGGGGGAGCGAAAGAUGAGUGGUUGAGGGGGAGAAAUGAGUUGGUGAAAGAUCUGGACGGGGAAAAGGAGAUGGUGCAGUUGUGUGAGGGUGGUGUUUGUAGGCUGCUGGAUGGGGAGGGGGUGGAGGGUAUGUUUAAGUUGGAGGGGUGA